AUGCCGUUACUCAGCCGAAUCGUCGAAAAUGAAGAGGCCGAGUACGACGGACUACUUACUCCAGCGGAAGCAGACUGGGUUGAACUGCAACCCCUCUUGCUGAAAAAUGGAUAUCAUCUUCGUCCUAGAUAUCACCCAAACUGGAAACCUUCCUGGAGGCGACUUUGGAAUUUCUUCUACAAAGAUAUGUGGAAAUGCCCGGACCGUAUCGGAUUAAGAAGGUGGAACCUCAUCGAUGCGGUUCGGGCCCACGAUGGCAAGAGAGUGGUAAUAAAACGGGUGAUUGUUGAAGACGACAAUAUAGGCAUCUUAAAGUACUUGAACCAACCUGAAAUGCUCAAAGACCCUCGCAAUAAUACGGUCCCUCUGUUGGAUGUCAUAUCUGUACCGAAGCCUCCUGGAAGUAAAGAAACUGCACUUAUUGUGAUGCCAAUCUUGUACCCCUUUUUCUCUUUUAUGUAUCCUUUCCAUCAUGCGAAGGAGGUUGUGUACGCCAUGGAGCAACUACUCCUGGGAGUACAAUUCCUGCACGAGCACUACAUCGCGCAUAGGGACGCUUGCGUCUUUAACUUUAUGAUGGAUCCAACAAACAUUAUUCCUACAGGCGCUCAUCAUCAGGAUGAUCGCCUUCAACCUGACGGCAAAACUCGCAUCCAGUUUAGGGAUCGCUGUUCAGUUGGCCCAAUCAAAUCCUACAUGAUUGACUACGAGUUUGCGGACUUUUUCCCGCCAGGUAACACCCUAUGCAUUGGUCGUUAUGGCCAGGAGAAGGAUGUACCUGAGAUGUCGCUUACCGAACCAUACGAUCCCUUUAAGCUGGAUGUAUACCAAUUAGGUGGUGUCGCUCGGAUGCUUAUUGAAGAGUAUGAGGGGUUGGAUUUUCUUGUUCCAAUUCGCGACGCUAUGAUGCAUCCUGACCCAACACAGCGAUUGACUAUUACCGAAAGCUUAUCACUCUUUCGGAACACUAUUUCAAGUCUUGAUGCAGAGUUUCUCUCGCAGAGCAUUCAAAUGAAGUUCCGAAUGUCAAUGUCAAAUCCAGAUGCUUUACCCCCUCCCACCUCGCCUCUGCCUGAGAUCAGAAAAGGGUUUUGGAAGUUCUGUAGCAGGGUUUGA